GUUUCCUCCGGCCUGGUCCAGCGGUCCUGCCGGCCGGGUCAGCACGGUGGCAGCGGCUGGGCCGGGCUCGGCGAGAGCGCGGGCUGCGCGCGAGGACGACGACGGAGAGGAGAAGGAAGUGGCAGCGGCGGCGGUGGCCGCGGCGGCGGGACUGCGCGCCCGGAGCCCCGUUCCGCGUCCCCGCCGCCGGGAGGAGGUGCCGGCACGCUCGCGGCGCGCGCCGGGCCGCCAGACUCGGCCUGUGGGCGAUUUCCUCCGACCCGAGCUCUCCGCCCGAAGAGGAAGAUGCAGACCUUUCUGAAAGGGAAGAGAGUUGGCUACUGGCUGAGCGAGAAGAAAAUCAAGAAGCUGAAUUUCCAGGCCUUCGCCGAGCUGUGCAGGAAGCGAGGGAUCGAAGUCGUGCAGCUGAACCUCAGCCGGCCGAUCGAGGAGCAGGGCCCCCUGGAUGUCAUCAUCCACAAGCUGACCGAUGUCAUCCUCGAAGCCGACCAGAACGACAGCCAGUCCCUGGAGCUGGUGCACAGGUUCCAGGAAUACAUCGAUGCCCACCCCGAGACCAUUGUCCUGGACCCCCUUCCUGCCAUCAGGACCCUGCUCGAUCGGUCCAAGUCCUACGAGCUCAUCCGGAAGAUCGAAGCCUACAUGCAAGAUGACAGGAUCUGCUCGCCGCCCUUCAUGGAGCUCACGAGCCUGUGCGGGGACGACACCAUGCAGCUCCUGGAGAAGAACGGCCUGGCCUUCCCCUUCAUUUGCAAAACCAGAGUGGCUCAUGGCACCAACUCCCACGAGAUGGCCAUCGUGUUCAACCAGGAGGGCUUGAGCGCCAUCCAGCCGCCCUGCGUGGUCCAGAAUUUCAUCAACCACAACGCCGUCCUGUACAAGGUGUUUGUAGUCGGCGAGUCCUACACCGUGGUCCAGAGACCCUCGCUCAAGAACUUCUCCGCGGGCACGUCAGACCGUGAGUCCAUCUUCUUCAACAGCCACAACGUGUCGAAGCCAGAGUCGUCGUCGGUCCUGACCGCGCUGGACAAGAUCGAGGGCGUGUUCGAGCGACCGAGCGACGAGGUCAUCCGGGCGCUGUCCCGGGCCCUGCGGCAGGCGCUGGGCGUGUCGCUCUUCGGGAUCGACAUCAUUAUCAACAACCAGACGGGGCAGCACGCGGUCAUCGACAUCAACGCCUUCCCGGGCUACGAGGGCGUGAGCGAGUUCUUCACCGACCUCCUGAACCACAUCGCCUCGGUGCUGCAGGGCCAGAGCGCGGCCGCGGCGGCCUCGGGGGACGUGGCCCCACUGAGGCACAGCAAGCUCCUGGCAGAGCAGGCGGGUGGCCUGGCGGCUGAGCGGACGUGCAGCGCCAGCCCCGGCUGCUGCAGCAGCAUGAUGGGCCAGGAGCCGCCCUGGACGUCCGAGGCUGAUGUGGGCGGCGUGGGCGCGGGCAGCACCGCCAAGCUGCCGCACCAGAGACUCGGCUGCACCGCCGCCGUGUCGCCCAGCUUCCAGCAGCAUUGCGUGGCCUCGCUGGCCACCAAGGCCUCCUCCCAGUAGCCACGGAGCCCGGGACCCAGAGGGGUGGCGCACGGAGCACACGCGCUGGGCAAGCAGCUCCCGACGGUGACGCUACUACUAAGAAUUCCCGACGAUCUGAUUCUUCUUCUUCCUUUUUUUUUUUUUUUUUUUUUUAAUUUUUCACCUGAUUUUCUGAUGUCAUGAUCUAAAUGAGGGGUGGGGGUGGGGAUGGAAAGGCACCCCAAGCGGUCCAGCCUCGAGGAAAAGGGACAAUCCCGCCUGAUUCCUGCUGUGCAGAUCUCUCUUCACUGAGUUUACACACGCUUGUGUUUUCAACACUAGGUCUGAAUGUGAGGUGGGGCGUGCGUGUGUGGUUGCCGUGCGUGUGUGGUUGCCGUGCGUGUGUGAGUGGCUGGGCACGUCCACGUCUGUUUUUCUCAAUGGCUGCUGUGGACCAGGCCCUGGGGACCCCGGAAGAGGCUGUCCCUGGUCAGGCUGUUGGCAGCUGAGCAGAGCAAGCGAACGGUUCCCCGUCUCCCUCCUCUCCAAGCCCCCAGGCCCGGCCAAAAGCCCCAGGGUGCAGCUGCCCCUCCCAAAAGCGUGAGCCAGAGGCGACGUGAGGCCCCAGCUACCAAGUCCUUGGGGAUUCCAUGCCAGGAGCCUGGGCUGUGCCCCACCCCCUGGCUGCUCAUGGACAUGCAGGAGACGGCUUCCUGGACAAGGCCCCUGCCCUGGCUUGGCAGCCUCUCCAGCUCCCUGGAGUCCCCUGGGCCCAUCAACACCUGUCCCACACAGGCCGGCAGAGGGGCCUCCCUGACGAAGCCCUGCUGCUCCCCGGACCUGGGAGGAGGCUCCCUGCCUAGGAGCCUCUGCGCCGAUCCUGCCUGUGCCGAGGCUUUGUGCUGUGACUUUGGGCAGACCAUUCCAGGGGUUGCUGGGCCGUCAAGACCAGAGAACUCCAGGGCAGGCUUGAGGCCCAGGUCCUGCAAUUCAGCCUGUUUCUCCGUGAAGUCAACCUGGAUGAGCCUCCCCUUGGCAUCGAGGCAGUUGGGAGCCCUCUUCCCAGGCAGGAGGAGGCUGCCCGUCGCUCCACCCCUCCGUGUUCACUGCCAGCCCCGAGCACCAAGCCAGCUGGGUGCAAGGGGGCUGCAGCCCAGAUGGGAGAAGACACGUUACCCCAGCCGCCACUGGAGUCACCCUGACCCUUGAUGGCAGCAGACAGACCACCGGCUGACCAGCCGGAUCCCACGGUCCAGGCUGGCCGGCAGCCCCCUUUGCAGAGAAGGGGACCCGUGAGGGGCUCGGCCAGUCCUCGGACAGUGCGCCUCCCUGGCGGGAUGCAUGGGAUCCCCGAGCGUGGUCUGUGUCUUCAGCUUUCAGUUGACCCUGGGAAAGAGGAGUAGGCAGCUGGGCUGGGCACUCGGAGGCACCUUCAGGCCUGGUCAGCAGGGACGUGGGGAUCACGCCGGGAAGGAGCGGCUGGCGUGAGAGGCGGACACCGUCGGCACUGCCCGGCUGUCCUAGAACCCGAGGGCCUGCCGACCACCGUGUUUACACGACUUGAGUGUUGAACCCCGAUUAUAAUGUCUGGACAUGGCCUUUCCCAGCCUAACCCGAGCCCCGGGGAAGCGGGAAGGCAUGUGGCCAGCCUCUUGCACUGCUUUGUCUCCAAAAUAAACUACUGAAAUCAAUCUGCAUUUCACGUGUUUACAAAAUGUUGCUGAAAGUUGAUGCCCGCCUCUAGUAUUUUAAUAAAACAGCUUGCUUGA